GAUGACGUCUCUCCCUCUGAUUGGCUCCGCAGUGUUUCCGUAGCUGCACGUGUCUUCCCUGUCAGACAUGGCGGCGCAGUGGCCGGAGAUCGAGCGCGCGGAGCAGGAGAAGCGGCGGGAGCUGGUGCUGCAGGCGGCGGAUGAUCGUCUCCGGGCGGGCGGUGGGCAGCUCCCGGCUGCGCUCUUCUCUCUCUCCCUCCUCAAUCACCUGGAGGUGAGCGGCUGCGCGGAGCUGCGGGAUCUGCCGGGGGAGCUCGGCCGCCUGUGUCACCUGCAGAGCCUCAUCCUGUGCCGGAACCAGCUGCGGAGCCUCCCCCGGGAGCUGGAGCUACUGCGCGGCCUCAGGGUGCUGGACGUGUCCGGGAACGAGCUGGAGGAGCUGCCGGCAGAGCUGGGUCUCCUCCCCGAUCUGUGCGCGAUCAAUGUCAGCUGGAACCGGCUCCGCGAGCUGCCCCCGGGGCUGGAGAAGUGCACCAAGAUGGCGGCCAUCAACGUGUCCCGGAACCGGCUGAGCGGCCUCCCCCCCGGCCUGCUGAACCCCCGCCUCAGCCUCCUCAGCUCCAUCCAGGCGGCGGACAACGAGAUCCGGGAGCUGCGGGGGGACGUGGGACUGCUGCCCGCCCUGAAGAGCCUGGACCUGUCCAAUAACCAGCUGACCGAGAUCCCGCAGGAGCUGGCCGACUGCCCGAAGCUGAAGGAGAUCAACUUCAAGGGCAACAACCUGAAAGAUAAGAGGCUGGAGAAGAUGGUGAACGGCUGCCAGACCAAGUCCAUCCUGGAGUAUCUGAGGGCCGGGGGCCGAGGGGGAGGCAAAGGGAAACCCAAGGCGGAGGGCGCAGCCAAGGAGGAGAAGAAGAAGAAGCCGCGGAAACAGAAGAAGGAGAUGGGAGAAGAGGAGGAGGACGAGGAGCAGGACGGGCUGAAUAAGAUGAUGCUGAGGAUCCUGCACAUAUCCGAGAACCCAGCAGCCAUCACGGUCAGGGUCAGUGCCAGCGUGAAGGACGUCCGGCCGUAUAUCGUGUGCUGUGUGGUCAGAGGGAUGAACCUGAGGCCGGGGAACGCCCUGAAACGCUUCCUCACAGCCCAGACUAAGCUCCAUGACGACCUGUGUGAGAAGAGGACGCUGGCCACCAUCGCCACCCAUGACCUGCAGCGGGUGAAGGGGCCUUUACUGUACGACGCCAGACCCCCCAAAGAGUUCAUGAUCGUCCCAUUGAAUCGUAAAGAGAUCGACGCCAAAGAGCUUGUGCGGCAGCUGCAGUUCGAGGCGGAGGAGCAGCGGAAGCAGAAGAAGCGGCAGAACGUGUCCGGACUCCACAAGUACCUUCAUAUAUUGGACGGUAAAGAGAAUUACCCGUGUUUGGUAGAUGCCGAAAACACCGUCAUCUCCUUCCCACCAAUCACAAACAGCGACAAGACCAAGAUCAUUAAAUCCACCCGGGACCUUCUCCUGGAGGUGACCAGUCCCUGCGGGCUGCAGACCUGUAAAGAUGUCAUGGACGCCCUGAUCACGAAAAUGGCAGAACUGCAUAAAUUCACCAUAGAGAACAAAGAGGAAGAAGCUGCGUCCGACCCGGAACCUGACGGAGGUGACACUCGGCAACCGCCAGCGGCUGCGCCAAACCUGGAGGCGGGGGGCGGCUGUGAUCUGGUGCUGGAGCAGGUGCGAGUGACGGACGCCGACGGGAACCUCAAAGUUUUAUACCCUUCAAAAACCGACCUGACCCUGAGUUCAUCGUCUUUCACCGUUGUUCGUUAGUUUUUGUUGUUUUUUUUUUCAAUUUCUGUAAAUUAUAUUUUUUUUAUACACUUUUUAUGUUUUUUUUUUUUUGUAUUUGUGUUAAAGCCGAAAUCCAUCGCAGUAAAUACAGAUGUGAGGCGUCACAUGGUUAUUCCUCCUCUAUGGGCUCCCUCUUUCAGGUUGCCUAGCACCCACUUGUCGCCCUCUAUUGGUGACCUCCGCUGCCUACUGCGGAGAUAUGGGACGCACUACCCCCAGCACAGCCUUGUUCCCUCCCCCAUACUUACACGCCAUCUUUGAGACCACUGCUUUAAGGGUCUAUUCAGACGGCAGAGUUUCCAGUUGUGGAAUUCCGCCUCAAAUUAAAGCCCAUAGACAUCUAUGGGAUACCGCACUCCCAUUCACACUUCUAAAUUUCCACUUGCUCCCAUUCAGAAGUGGGAGUGCGGAGUCCCAUAGAAGUCUAUGGGCUUUAAUUUGAAGCGGAAUUCCGCAACCGGAAAUCCUGCCAUGUGAAUAGACCCUAGGACAGUACACUACGUUAUAAGAUUCAGGUGGGAUCUGCGCCUUUUUUUUUUUUUUUGCUUUUCAUGAGGGGGAAAAAAAAGACUAAAACCCACUUAAAAAAAAAUAAAA